ACACUUGCAAUGCGCCCUGAAACCACUGUUUCUUUCUUACCCCAUUUGCAGCAUGGAUUUGUCCGCCUACCCAGGCGAGGAGGACGACCUCCUACGGGGAAGCCCUACCCUCGGGUGGGAAGAGUCCGAACUUUCGGCCAGUAGCCCCAGCGGCCUGGAACUGAGCCAAGGGGACUUCCAAGACGAAUCGGUCGAUUCUCUGGCUGAGGAGAGCGGACCCCUCCUGCGAUGCCUCAAGAGGAUCUACCGGAAGACAAAGAAGGAACGGGUCCGGCGGAGGAGAACCAUGACCCCCGUCCCUGAUCUCUCUGGCAUGGCGACAAUUUGGGAAGAAAAUGAGCCCCCCGGAUCCGCUCAGGAACCCGAGCUUUUGCUGGCGUCUUGGAGAAGCACCAUGGACUAUUUCAGCAGCAAGAAAGAGGAUAUUGUGAUGAAGAAAAGCUUCCUGAGGUUCUUGUCCAUCCUCAGCAAGACCAUCAACUGGAGCAACAUGACCGAUUUCUUCAUGGAUAAUUUUACAUCUGACGUUGUGGGAGCCAUCACCGAGAUGGUCAAGAGGGAGCUCCCGGAGCCCAACGUUAUCUGCCUCCAUGCCAUGAGCACCAUCACUGACUUGAGCAAGAAAUACAUCACAAAGACCAUGGGAUCCUACAAAAAGGGGAUUUUACUCCGGACUUUCUUCAAGAGUGUCUUUUCGCUUUCUCCGGUGAAGAUCAUCCAAGACGAAGGAGGAGUGGAUAAUACAGCCAACCUUCAAUACACGAAGAACCUCUUUAUUGGGACCUACCAGACGUUCAGCGAGAUGCUCCAGCAGCUGAUGAUAGAAAAUCCCGUUCCUUCCGAGCUGGAGAGGAUCCUACAGCUGAUGACUCCUUGGCUGCAGUCGCCUGAGCUUGACUUGAGGGAAAGGGCCAUCUGGAGCGGCGCAUCGUUGCUGAACUUUGUGUCCAACAAGUUGCAGCUGGAUACGAUGUCCAAAUUUUCCCACCUCGGCCACCUGGUUGCCAUCUUCGGGAUCUGCUGCGGGGACCCCGUCAAGUCGAUCAGCUCCAAGGCCGCCAAGAGCGUCCACCUCCUCCUUUCCAUUGUAUUGGGACAAAAGAUUGCAAAGCUGGUUGAGAAGAACAACCACACGGAAGGCAUCAAGCAGAAGCACAGAGAAUUCCUGGACUCUUGGAACCCGAUGGUCUUCCUCAAAAACCCCUCCAGAGUUGCGGAGGUCUUUGGUGUCUACUUCAACCCGAGAGAGAAGACCGACUUCAUCCUCACUGCGCUGGACGGCCUGACGGAGCAUUGCAGCGCCUCCUCUUGCGCCACCACGGAGGGACUCCUCGCCAGUAUGGCCAGGAACUGCGGUGCCGAAAUCGAGAAGGUGUCUGACAUUGUGGAUGGGAUCUGCAGCCGCUUGGACCUGAUCCGCCGUCCCAGCGCCAGGCGGUUGGUGAUGAAGCUGGUGGGCCUCUUGGCCGGGAGGAGGGAGCACCUGGACACCGUGAUUUCCAGCCUCUUGCAGCAUUCCUUCCCCACAGACAGCAAUUUGUCUGAACUGUGGCAAUCACUCUCGACAGAGGAAGUGGUGGAAGAGCAGCUGAUGGCCAACCUUCUCAGACGUUUGGAGACCCACCACUGCGCAGAGACCCAGACUUCACCCGUGUCCAUUGCGAUCACACAGGCUUUGUACCAGGUCAUCUCCGUCCCGGAGUCCAUAGUGACCAUCCACAGGCUCUACCCUGACCUCCUCAUGACCUUCCUUGCUGAGCUCUAUUUCAGCUGCCGGGCGCACAUUUUGCCAGAUUUGAACCAACUCUGGAGACAAUGCGGACGGGAGGAAGGCCUGGCAAGCUUUGCAGUGGAGACGAUCAAGCUGCUGCUGAUCCGCAUUGGCUGCCGCUACGAAGUCACCUUCAUGGAGAAGAUGCGCGGCUGGGCCAUGCUCCACAGCGCCCAGGAAGUGCUCCAAGGCGCCGCCCUGCUCGCCAAAGCCAUGCUGCACUUUGCUUGCCCCGAGACUGUAAGGAUCUUGGACUCGUUGUUCUCUCAGCUCACCAAAGGGACCGAAAGGCUCAAGCCAACCAACAUGGCCUUCUUUGUGGAGUUGCUCCACUUCCAAGAGAUCGACCAGCUCCCUCCUGAACAGAUUUUUGAGAUCCUUGACAAUUGGACAAAGAAUUCCUGUCCGGAAGUCCGCUCUCUAGCCUUCCGGGCGCUCGGCAUCCUGGCCAUCCAUCCAGAUAAGGUGGAGGAUGUGAAGGCUCACGUGCCGACCUUGUUGGCCAGUUUGGAAGAAACAGAUGCCAGGGUGGCCUUGGAGAGCAUCCUCGCCAUCCAGAGCAUUCUGAAAUUCAUACAGAGGAACGACAUUGUCAGCCUGGCUGAUAAACUCCUUCCCUUAUUCAGCAAUGUAGACGCCAAGGUCCGUGAUUCCGCCGUCUCCCUCUUUGCGGAGCUUCCAGGCAUCGUCAAGAAGAAGGAGAAAUACCUCAUCCAAGAGCAGGUGACCCAAAGCCUGGUCCCGCUGCUCCUGCACUUGCAGGAUGAAGACCCCGAAGUGGUGAAGAAUUGCCAGGACGCCCUUGCCAAGUGCUUUCGGUUCCUGGGGUGGUCCCUUCCGAAGAAGAUCAACAGCAAAAAAGCGUGGCACGACCACCCCCAGAUUGCAGAGAACCUCUGCCGGCAAAUCUCGUGGAAGCUCAAGGCGAUCUCGGCCGUCUUGCUGCAGUGUUUGGAUCACCUUCAGUGCCCCCAGGUGUCCAUCCGGAGAGCGGCCGCCAUCUUUAUUGGCUGCCUGGUCCAAAGCACAGAGCCGGCCGCCAUCUCUCCGGACAAAAAGGAGCUGAUCGUCUUGUCCCUCUCCAAGCUGCACCGGGACCCGGACCCUUCCGUGCGCCUGGCGGCCUUGCAAGCCGUGCGCAUGGUGCAGGAGGCCAAUGGGGCCUGCGCAACUUCCCCUCGGAGCCAGACCUCCUUGCACCGCCUUUCCAGCCAGGAGCGGCCGGAGGGCUUCUCCAACCGAGGACGAUGGGACCCGCUGGACCCGGCGCUGACCCACCGGUGGAACCCAGCCUCGCCCUCCUCCUACCGGAUCGUGCCCAACAUCGCCAAGAAGAGGCCACCCAACUCCAACCGCCAGGCCUGAUGCCCCGACCCAGACAGAAGGGUCACCGUGUGAAGAAUUGGGGACAACCCAAGGAGAGAGAGGCUCAAGGACGCAGCCCAACAGGAGCAGAGCUGUAGGUGAAAACAGACGGAGACGGGGACUCUGUGGGCUAGAUUCAGCUCCUGUCCUGGAAUGAAGAGUGCUGUCCACACUCGACCCAGUUGAUUCCAUGUUCCCAUCCCAAGGAACUGGAAGCUCAAGGCAAACUCUGGGAAGAGAUUUAAUUACCAGGUGCAUUCUGGACCCAUUUCGGAGGCAUUUACACUGGAAGGCCUGACCUGACAAUGCAAAAUGGAUCAACUUAUCAACCAUGUCCAUUGACCCAAGAGGACUCCGUAGCUUCAUUGUGGAUGGAAUGGCUCAGAAGAGACUGGAGGAUAUAAGAAGGAGUCACAGAAACAAAGAAAUAUUAGCGCAAGUCAAUUAGUCUUGCUUUUAGGAGAAGCCUUUGCAAGUCAAGGCAGCAAAAAGUGCUUGUGAAAGGCACCUUCUUCCUACAUUAGGAUGUCACGAUGUGCUGAAAUAGAGCAACGUAUUCGUGUGUAUAUAAAGUAUAAACUGCUUUGCAACUCAUAGUCUUGUGUUUCUCUGCUUAUUUCUCACUCACAUUGACCAGCAUUAAAAGAACCAAUAAGAAAUGGGUAAAACAUACAUUUGGGCAUUAGAAU